GACUUAAAGCCCAUCAUGGGGGGUACUAAAGUCUGCCUUUUGCUGCUUCUCGGCACAUACGCACUGGCCCAGCAAGAUGUGGGAAGUGUUGAGGAACAAUCUCCAGCUUGCUCUUUGUCCAAAAGAUUCAAGAACUUCAGACGAUUUGCGUACGACUACAAAGCUGAGACCUUUAACGGCGUGAAUGGAGCCAGCGACAACAAGAGCGGCCCCAAAGUCUCCUGCAAAGUUGAAGUGGAAGUGCCCCAGACCUGUAGCUUCAUCCUGCGCACAACAGAGUGCUCUCUGAGCGAGAUCUUUGAUGUGGAUGAGGCAGGAAACUCCCUGUACCGUCCUGCUGCUGGAGAUGAGGCUUUCAGAGAUGCCAUGGCCAAGAAUCCCUUGAAGAUCACCGUUGAGGGAGAUCUUCAGGUCAAACUCUACCCUGAGGACGAUGAGCCCGUCAACAUCCUGAACAUCAAGAGGGGAAUCGUCUCCUCCCUCAUUGUGCCAGUCAUGGAAGAGGACAAGAACAAGAUAAUGUCCACCGUGCAUGGAGUCUGCCCCACCGACUUCACUGUCAACACCAGAGAGGACAUCGCCACCGAUGUGACUGUCACCAGGGAUCUUUCCAAAUGUGAUAUGUUCUUUGCUCGCAGGCAGCACACCAGCCCCUUGGCCCUCAUCACCGGCAUGAACUUCCCUCUGUCCAAGAUGAUUGACAGCGCCCAGACUUGCAACUACAAGUUUGACAACCAGAAGAAGCACAUGACCAGUGGAGUCUGCACAGAGAAACACAUCUUCCUGCCCCUGUCCUCCCAGAAUGAAUAUGGAAUUUCCACGCUGGUGAAGCAGACUGUAACUCUGAGGGAGACCUCCAAGAUCAACGACAGAAUCUUUGACCGCAAUGAGGACAACCUUAAAUACCUGUCCAUGGAUGUUGUUGAUGACAAGCUCCCCGUGCAGACCACCGAUGCUGCCCUGGUCACCAUGCAGCAGCUGAACACCCUGUCUCAGACCAAUCAGGGCGAGGAGCGCGCCGCCCUCUUUAACAAGCUGGUGUCUGAGAUGCGUGGCCUGAACGUUGACGUUGUUGGAUCUGCUGCCGUUGAGAUGAUGGCUGUCUCCGAGGCUCUGACGUUUCAGGCUCUGGCUCAGUGCGGCACCCCAGAGUGCACUAGUGCGCUGCUGAAGGUUCUCAGGAACUUUGACCAAUCUGCUCUUGAGGUUGAUGCUGCCGUCUACGCCAUUGGACUGCUGCCCAACCCCUCCCGACUGAUGGUGAAGGACAUGCUGGCCAUGGCUCAGUACAAGCAGAGCAAACCCAUCAUGUAUGCCCUGAGCAAUGCAGUGAGGAAACUGUACCAGGCUGAGGGUCUCACCCCUGAGAUCACUGCUGUCUCUGAGUAUAUGACUACCAUUCUGGGCCCUGACUGCCCUGGAGAGAAGGAUCUGACCUUCCUGUCCUUGAGAGUUGUUGGAAACAUGGGAGAUGCAAUGGAGGCUGCUGACCCAGCCAUUAAGACCAUCCUGCUGAAGUGCAUGAGACAGCCUGCAACCACCCUGUCUGUGCAGCUGGCUGCCAUCCAGGCUUUCAGACGCAUGACUGUGACAGAUGAGGUUCGCGCUAACCUCCAGAGAGUCAGCCAGUACCCCAAAGGUGCAGUGCAGAAACGCCUGGCAGCUUACCUAACUGUGAUGAGGAAUCCUCAGGACAGCGACAUUGAGAUGGUAAAGAAGCUGGUUACGCAGGAGCAGAACGUGCAGAUCAAGUCCUUUGUGACCUCCCACAUCUACAACAUCAUUACCUCCACCGACCCAGAAACCCAGGAGCUUGGUAGGAAGAUAGUGGAUGUCCUGCAGGACACUGAGGUCAUUGCACACGGUGAAUACAGCACAAAGUCUCGCAACUACAAGCUGAGCGGCAUUCAGGGAAACAUCGUCUUUGAUCCUAGCAGCCAGAUCCCAAGGGAGGCGUUGCUUGAGACUACACUGAAUGCUUUUGGUUUUAGCAUGGAUGUUUUGGAGAUUGGCAUGGAAGGAAAGGGCUUUGAGCCAACCAUUGACGCUUUGUUUGGAAAGAAUGGAUUCGUCCCUGACACCGUGUCCAAGGCUCUGUACUGGGCUGAUGACAAUAUGCCACCACAGGUCAGAGAACUUCUGAGGAAAGGGUUUGGUCCCAUGGAAACAGAAGGAAAUAAGGUUCCUGAGAAUCUUAUGAGAGAGGUUGCACGAAACUUCAACAAGCUGGUUAAGGAUCUGCAGAGUCAGGAGUCCCCAGAGGCCAUGGCCUACCUGAGGAUCAUGGGAGCUGAGCUUGGCUACAUCAAGGGCAACGAACUGAAGUUUAUUGCUGAUAAUGCAAUUAUGUAUGCAGAAUUCUUCAUGAGGAUCCUCCCUACCAAGGUCAUGGCUCAGCUGAUGUCCAGCACUGACAAUGAGCUCUUCGCCCAUUACAUCUUCAUGGACAACAAGUUCAUGAUGCCAACAGCAUCUGGCUUGCCUCUGACAUUUGCUAUGUCUGGCACAUUCGCUCCUGGUGCAAAGGGAGGACUGCAUAUUGCCCGUAAAAUGAAUGAGCUGGUGUUCAUGCCAUCUAUUGGAAUUGAGUUUGUGACUAAGAUGGGAGUCCACGUGCCUGAAUUUGUUGUAUCCACUGUUGAGAUGCACACCAACAUGUACCAUGAGAGUGCAUUCAAUGCCAAGAUCACCAUGGAGGGUAGCCAGGUCAAGCUUACAAUCCCCGCCCCACAGGGCACCACAAAGCUCUUCACCAUAAGCAAUAAGGUGCAGAUUGUGGGCGGUGGUGUUGCUCCAGUGAUCCCAUCCAAGGAGGGUGAAAUUAGCUGUGACACUCUCUUUGGAGUUAAAUACUGCACAGAAACAAGCCGUGCUGACACUCGUGGCAAGACUGACAUUCCUUUCUUCCCCCUGAAUGGAGAGACCAAGUUUGCUCUGCUGAUCAAGCCCUCUGAAGAGGUCUCUGAAUACACAGCCACCAUCGUCUAUGAACACCUCAGUGAAGGAGAGGAUGGCCUCCAGAAGAUUGACUCUUUGAAAUUCGCCUUGAGAGCUGAGGGUGCUCAGCCUACAGAGGCUACAGCCACCAUGAAAUACAACUAUUACAGGAAUGUCUUCACCACCGAAGUCCAGAUCCCUGACUUUGAUGUUGAGGCUGGUGUUAAGGUUGGCAUGACUGACAGCAGUGCCAAAGGCAAAUCCAUUACACUUGAGAUCUCCAACAAGAAUGUGCCACAGAUCUCUCUGACUGGCAGUGCCAAGCUUCAGGCCAUGACUGAUGGCAUGCUGCAGGUUCAGCUCUUGGUCCCCUCACUUAAUACCGAUGCUGCUCUCACUGCUACCAUGAGCAAUUCUGACGGACUCACCAUGGAGAUCAAAAGUGAGGUGAAGCUCCCAGAGACCUCCUCCAUCCAGGCAGUCACAUUCAAAUAUGGUGAGGAGCAGGCUGAGGUUCAGCUGAUGUCUAACAUGAACGCUGAUACUAAGAUCCUGGUACCUUACACUGAAGCCCUCCAGGCCUGGCUCGUGCAGUUUGUGGAGGAUGUUAUGGACCAGCAGGUUGUCAAGACUGACAUGAAACUGCGUCAUAUCUUCAACAAGGCAGUUGAGGCCAGCAAUAUCUGGAUGGACAAGAUCACAACUGAUGUCCCCUAUGUUGAGACUCUGAGGAACAAAAUGGAAAAUGUGGAAAUGCCUUCCAUGCCUGAAAACAUAUUCAUGAACCUUGAAAGCACAUUUAAAUACAAGUUCAACAAGGACCGUCUGACCAUCACUUUCCCUCUGCCUCUUGGUGGCAAAUCAUCCAAGGAGCUAAUGAUUCCUCCAGUGGUCACCUCCCCAGAAAUUUCUAUGCCUCAGUUGGGCAUGAAUGUUGCUUCAAAGGAGAUCAGGAUCCCCAUUUUCACCAUCCCCUCUGAAUAUGAUCUCACCCUACCUCUGAUGGGAAUGGUGGAAGUGACCUCCAAGGUCAACACCAACUAUUACAACUGGGAGGCAACUGUGUCUGCUGGAAACAACACUGUCGAGUCUCCUAACUAUGUGGCCAAGUUCAGCAUCAUGGCUGACAGUCCUAUCAAACUUCUCAGCUUUUCAACAGAGGGAGCUACAACAAUCACUGACACUGCAGAGAAAACUAUGAAAAUGGCCAUUGAUGGUUCCCUAAACCACAUGCUCAUGAACACUGGUCUUAGUGUGCUGGAAACCAUUGCUGUCACAGACACCGUGUUGACAACAGGAAGGUACAAUGUGUACGCUGUAUCCCCUGUGGGUCUGGACACUUCUCUGACUAUCACCACCCAGGUCGUCCUAGCCAACGACAUGCUCUCUGGAGAUAUCAACACAGACGGAAGUGUGACUGUUGGACCCAUGACGGCCAGCACCACCUAUCUCCACACCUUCUCCGUUGAGCCAUUAAAGAAAGAAGCAAGAUUGGAGAGUACUCUGCGUGUGAACUCUGAAAUCCUGAAGGUUGUGAACAAAGUGAAGGCAUCAUAUGCAAAUGAGGAGCUUCUGAUUGAGUCCAACACCAACAUGAACAGUGACCCCAUCAAGCACACCACCAAAAUGAGCCUGAGCUACAAGGAUAUCAAACUGACUGCCCAGGCUGACUCUGUGACCAAGGCUAAUGAGCGAAUGCUUCGUAGCCAGAUCGAAUUCUCUGCUUCUGAAGGACAGGCAGGCCUCAGGAUAGAAAAUCAAGCUGAAGACACAGAGAACCGUGCCUACUCUUUGCUCACUGGUACCAUGAACCCCUCUGGUGUGGAGAUCAAUGCUGAUGCCUCCUUGAACAUCUUUUCAAGCCUUGCCUCCCACAAGGCAACCCUGGCCCUGAACAUGAAUGGCCUGACCACCAGCUGUACAACUACUGCUCAGCACAGCCCAAUGACCUUUGAGAAUGUUUUCCAUGGUGGAGUUGACCCUAAUGGUGCCACCAUGUCUCUCACCACUAAGGCAGCUAUUAAAGAUAACACCGCUGAGCUCAGUGUUGAGGGAAAGAUGGCAAGUACAGAAGUGUAUUUCAAUGGCAUCCUUAAGGGUAACCUCUUUGACAUAAACACCAGAAACAGAGUGAACCUCAGACUGAAUGAAGAUGGCCUGGUUCUCUCCAACAACAUUGUUGGAUCUCUCCACGAGAUGAGGACUGAAAAUACUCACUCACUGUCUCUUUCUCUGAGAUCCUUCACCCUCAACUCCAAGACUGACAACGUCCUUGACAACAGAAACACCUACAUGCAUGACAUCACAGUUAACAUGGAGCGUUUUACUGCCACAGUUAUGGUGAAAAAUGACCUGAAGAUCAUGGAGGUUAACUUUGUGAAUGAAGCCCAGUUCAAGGCCCAGCCUUACAACUUUGAGCUGUCUGGAACAAUGAUGGGAGUCUUUUCCGAGGAAGAACUCAAACACAUGUAUGAAGUCAAGUUUGUUGAUGCAGUCCUCUCUGCCAAGAGCAACACCAAUGGUAAACUCCUGGGCACUCACAUGACACAUACCACUGAUAUAGAAGUUGCUGGUCUGACCACGAAAUUUAACAAUGUGGCCAACUUCAACUCACCAGCUCUUCGCCUGGAAAGCACAGUAAAAGCUGUUGCUGAACCUUUCACUCUGAACAUUGAUGCAAUUCUCAACUCAGAUGGUGCAGUGUAUCUGUAUGGACAGCAGAGUGGCGACCUGUACAGCAAAUUCCUCCUGAAAGCAGAACCCAUGCUGUUCACACAUUCAUUUGAAUGCAGAGCCUCAACAACCCAUGAACUGGAAGGCAGACCAACUAUUAAGACCAACAUGGACAACAAGUUCAACAGCAUGCUAAGCUUCCAAGAGCAAAGUGUCACACUGAAGGUUACAUCUAAAGUGAACGAGCACACUUUUGAUCAAGAAAUGAGUGCCUAUAACAACGCAGAGAAAUUGGGUAUUGAGAUGAAAGGAGAAGCCUCAACCCCUCUCUUCAGUGAGGCAAGUGAAAAUUAUGCAAUCUCUGGAUUUGUUAAUUAUGACAAAAAUAGUGAAAGCCACUUCCUCCAGAUCCCAUUCAUUGAGCAUCUGCCUGCCUUUAUUGAAAACAUGAAGACCACAAUGAUUAACCUGAUGGACCAAAGCAUUGAGAUGCUGAAAGAUAUCGACAUCAAGUAUGAGAUCAGCACAAAGUUCCAGAACAAAAUGUCGGAACUGAAGGAGGUCAUUGACAACUUUGACUUCAACCUCUUUGUCCAAGACCUGAAAAAGUUUCUCACCUCAAUUGAAAACGUUUUGACCAACCUGACAGCCAAGUUGCCAACUGAACAGGUUGUGAAUGUGUUGAAAACAGUAAAGGACACUAUCAUGGCCUGGACCAACAAGUAUAACAUUGCUAACAGGUUUAAUGUGAUAUAUGCCAAGAUUGAAGAGAUCCUCUCCAGCUAUGAGGUUGAGAAGAUGAUUGGGGCCAUCAUGGAUGAGGUUGUCAAAAUUCUGAAGCAGUAUCAGGUGAGGGAGAAGAUCCAGUCUGUAUUUGUUGCUGUAAGGUCCAUUGACAUCAAGCCUUUGCUCAAAAGAGUUAUGGUACCUCUUCAGGAGCUUGUCAACGAACUGUAUGCCAUUGACUUCAAACAGCUGAUCGAUGAUAUGAGUGACUAUUUUGUAAGAAUGGUCCAGAAAAUCAAAUCCUUUGAUUAUGACACAUUCACAAUGGAGUUGAAAGAGAAGGUUUUAGAUAUGAGCAAGAUCCCCUGUUUUGGAAAACUCUCUGGAGAGUUUAGAGUUACUUCACCUCAUUACACACUCAGGACCUCUGCUGCCCUGGAGAACACCACGACUACAUCAGUCACACCUGAGUUCAAAAUGAACCUCAACUCCCAGGCUUCUUCUACCUUGAGAGUCCUUGACUUCACUGUGGAUGCAGGUGUUCAUUUGGCUGCACCCAAGAUGAGUCGCCUCUCCAUUUCUGAGAACAUCAAAGUUGACCAGUCUUGUUUUGCUCUUGACCACAAAGCAACAAUGAAUCUCUAUGGCCUUUCAGCUCAAACUUCUGCUGAAACUACUGCAAAGGUUAAUACUGAGCUCUAUGUUGCAGAGCUUGUAAAUACUGCAUUCUUUGCCAUGGAAAAUGGAGUGUCUGCCAACACGGAGACAAGCUACACACAUGAAAUCAACCGCUUUGGUAAAACAUCAAUGAAUCAAAAAGCUGUCUUUGUGGUUGAGGCAGGGACUGUAACUCUGACUAUUAACAAUCUGGCUGAAGGACAAUUCGCAGUUCUGGACUUCUCAGAUGAGGCAACUCACAAGAGUGAUGUAGAAGUGGUCAUGGAUCUCCACACAGCUAAAGUGACCUUCACAGGAGCAACAGGCAGCAGCAACUUCAAAAUGAGUCAGAAUGUGAUGGCAGAUGUUUGCAUUUUCCGCCACGUCAUUAUUGAUGCCAAGUUUGAGACAGAAACACCUGUCAUGAGGGGUAGUGUUGCAGAGGUCAAGUUCCAAGCUAAGGUUGAAGACAUGAAAAUGGAUUUCACUGCCUCUCACAAUGCAGAGCUCACUGGACAGGUUGAGGGAACUCUCUCAAGCUCUGUGCUUGCUUUGGUCACACCUAGUGAGCUUACGCUUGACACUAAGAACAAGGGAAAUGCCAAGGUUGCCCUUCCAUUCAAACUGUCUGGAAAGGUGGAUCUCCAGAAUGACAUCUCUUUUACCCUGAACUCUGACGUGCAACAAUCUAGCUGGACAGGUGUGGCUAGAUUCAACCAGUACAAGUACUCCCAUUACUUCAGCAUGGAUAACGGUGAUAGAGAAAUUAACAUCUUUUCACAGCUUAAUGGAGAAGCAAAUCUUGAUGUUCUGAAGGAGCCAAUCACCAUUCCUGAAAUAACUGUACCAAUUUUUGGUAUCAAGACACCAAGAGUGGAAGACUUCUCCCUGUGGGAAGACACUGGCCUGAGCAAUCUCCUGAUCACAACUGAGCAGUCAUUUGACAUGAACUCCAAGGUGAAGUACAUGAAGAGCCCUGAGAUGAUCACCAUUGAUAUUAAUGUGGCUCCAGUCAUCAAUGUCAUCAAUACCAAUGUCAAGACUCUGCACAAGAACAUGCUCAUUGGCAAGGACAAGGCUGCUGACAUUCUGGCUUCAUCUUACGACACAGCAAGAUCAGAAUACGAAAAAUAUAGCAUUGAGUUGCCAAAAACCAUCACAGUCCCUGCCUACAAAGUCCCAGUGAUGAAUAUCGAGGUCUCCACUUUCACCAUUCCUCUGCCUGACUUCAGUCUCAUCACAAUGCCUGCUCUUCAUGUUCCAUCUGCCCUCAGCAAGCUUACGCUUCCAAAGAUCACUCUGCCCGAAAUCCAAAACAUCAGGAUCCCUGUGAUGGGUGAUCUGACUUAUGAGUUUGCCAUGAAAACAGCAAUGAUCACACUCAAAACAGAUGCCAGUAUUCUUAACCAGGACAGCAUAAUCAUCAAACUUGAUGCUUCUUCAUCUUCUGAAUUUGAGUUCCUGACUGGAAAGAUUGAGGGCAACACCAACAUUAACGUAGUUGGCGGACUAAGAAUGGCAUCUGCCCUUUCUGCAAAACAUGCAAUGCUAGAGGGAAAGCAUGAGAGCACCAUCAUCUUAAGUUAUGAGACUGUGGAUACCUCCAUCACCAAUUCAGCAAAGGUCAAUCUACCUGCCCUGACUAUGGAAAUCUACCAAGAGGUAACUGGAAAUCCAGAUCAAGGCCUUGUUGUGUCUAUGUCUACUCCAUCUGCAGGACUCAUUGCACUCCAGAUGCAGACCAAGCGUCCCGCCCAAGUGAAAGCAAGGGUCUAUGGUCGCUACCCGUCCGAGCCAACAACAGACAUUGAUAUCUUGGGUCUGAAGAUGUCUGUGGUAAACGCUGAGAAGCUGAACCUUCAGACCACCUGGAAUAUGGAGAUGCCAUAUGAGAUGAUGCUAAGAAUGAAGAAACAGGUGCCCACAGUCAUGGAAAUGGUGUCCGAUCCUGCUGUCAGGACAUAUAACACAAUUUACAGGCAUGCUAGAAGCCUUGAGGGUUCUUUUGAACAGGCUAAAGAGCAGGGUAAAGUGGUGUUCAACAGGGCUGUUGAGAAUCUUGCAACUGUAGAUCCUUCCAAUAUUAUGACAACUGUCACAGAUAAAACCAUUAUGAUCCUGAAAAAGUACCAAAAGAGAGUUGGAAUGGUUCUUGAUGCUGUUGUUAAAUUCCUGAGAGAUACACAGUUCACAUUCCCUGGGUAUGAAGAGAGGCUGUCUGGGCUUGACAUAUACCAGAAACUUAGUGCCUUUGUUGCUGAUGUAUCUGAGGAGGCUGUUGAAAAGAUUCCAAAGUACUUUGUCAACAUGUUUACCACAGUCCUUGAUUAUUUCAAAGCCAUUGAAUUCACCAUCCCUGGCUCUAACUACAUUGUAAGCGGAAGGGAAAUUCUUGAUGACCUUUCUUUAUUUUUGAGGAAAAUUCAGGACCAAGUCAUUGUCACUGUUAGGAAACUGGGAAAUAUCCAGCUGGAAGACAUCAUUAAUAAAUACACAGAAUUCAUUCAGUUCACUGUUGAGCAAAGUGAGAAGUUUCUCCUGACCCUUAAAUCUCAGAAUGUAGAGAAGCUCUCCACCUUUGUGACUGAUGUAUACACUGACGCCAUCAACUCUCAAGUUCUGGCUGAUGUUGCAAAGCAGGUAGAAGAGGCCCGCAGAAUUGUGAUGGAAUAUGUUGAAGCUGUGAAAGCUAAACUCCAGAGUAUCUUGGCUGACAUGUCUACAGAACAGCUUCAGGCUGAUAUCCAGUCCUGGAUUGACUUAAUGGUAAAACGUAUUAAUGCAUUCCAAAAUAAUGUCAUCAGAACUCUUAAGGAAAAAAGCAAAAAUGUUGAGCCAUUUGUCAGAGUAGGUGAUAGACAGAUGGAGAUUGACAUUCCUAUACCAUUUGUUGCUAAAUCCAACUAAGUGACCAUUGCUAACAGUGUUUGUGGUGAAUGUACCUGAUGUGUAAACCAGCUGUUAAACUAUUCCAUCUAAAACACAAAGCUGUGUUAAUAAAUGCUCUGUAGCAUCAUGCGUCUCUCUACUCUGUUUUUCAAAUUUGUAAUUGUUUAUUUCACAGUGAACUCCCAGUUCUGACUCAGCUGUGACCUUUGUGUCUUGUACUAUUUAAAAAACAAUGUGUGUCAUUCAAUAAAGACAGUUUGUACCGCA